AGUUUCAGUGUUAUGGACUGGAGUUCACUGUUAGUUAAAUCCUGCGAUAAUUCAAGGCUAUCGUCGACUAUCCCUUCAUCUUUGAAAUGUUAAUUCGUGGGAAGAAAUGGCAUUUGAAAGUUGUCUGUGUGUGCAUUAUGUUGUGCAUGCACACAUAGCACAAGUAUUUUCGAUCGGUUGUAUAUGAGUGUUCAUGUAUUGCUUUUCGUUCCAAAUGUACAAUGAAGUGAUGUGUACAAACACAAACUAUAGUGGCUUUCCUUUUCUUUCUGGCUAAUCAGUGUUUCCUUACAGAGGUUUUUUGUAGAAACAGAACCGCGCAUGGUAAUGCAUUUUAUAUUUAUCUUACAGUUUCUCUUGUUUCUUUCAAUCUCUUUUGUCAGUUGUGAAGAUUUCUAUCACUUACUUGGAAUAUCACGUGAGGCCGAUAACAGAGCAAUUAGAAGAGCAUUCAAGAAGUUAGCUCUGGUCAGACAUCCGGAUAAAAAUCCUAAUGACGGCAAUGCACACAAAGAGUUCAUGAAGCUUUAUCGUGCUUAUGAAGUGUUAAUGGAUGAAGAACUGCGGAAAAAAUAUGACCGAUAUGGCGAAGAGGGUUUGAGCGACAACUUUAAAGAAAACCAUCAAUAUCAGUCAUGGCAGUUCUAUAAAGAUAACUUUGGUAUAUACGAUGAGGACAAGGAAAUAGUAACAUUGUCACGAUCAGAUUUCGAAAGGACAGUUUCCGAAAUGGGUGAAAUAUGGUUCAUCAAUUUCUAUUCUACAUUUUGUUCACAUUGUCAUCAAUUAGCACCUACCUGGCGAAAAUUUGCGCAAGAAAUGGAGAAUGUUCUUCGGGUAGGUGCUGUAAACUGUGCUGAAGAUCCUAUGCUUUGCCAUUCACAAGGUGUAAUGAGUUACCCAAGCUUGAUGAUUUAUCCACAUCGACAUUUUUUCCACGGACAGCGACAGCUGAAUCAGAUAGUAGCAUUUGCUAUGAAAUACGUUACUGGUGUAGUACUGCAGUUGAUGGAUUCCGACAUUGAGCAGUUUAAGAUCAAAAAAAGUGAGAAAGAUACACGUGGAUGGUUGCUGGAUUUUUGCGAGCAUCAGAGUAGUGACUGCUUGUCAGAAUUAAACAGAAAGAAACUUGCAGCUAAUUUGCGUGGUCUCGUAAAUGUUGCGAAAGUUAAUUGCGACGAAUCAGUGAAACUUUGCACAUUAUUUGACCGUAAAAGUGGUGUAGUGUAUUUCCGACCUACUGAUGGAAGGAAACCCAAUGAGGCACAGGAGAUUAACAGUUUCGACUUCAAGGAAAUAGCAACUACUGUUUUGACAUAUGUUCCCGAUAUACCUUAUAUCGAUAAAUUGUUGGAGAAAAUUGUUGAAGCUCAAAUUCGCGACCGUUCAUUUCUGGUUAGAUUUGGUACCGGUGAAGCAGAUAACAAUGCAGAGCUAAAAAAACUAUCAGCGAUAUUAACAACUGGUGAAAUUGAGGUGUAUUUUGCUGACUGUUCCAAGGCAAAGGAUAUAUGUAAAAACUUGGAACUGACUAGUCUUCCGAAAUGGAUUCUGUUCAAAAAACAAGGAAGCUAUGAAAUAUAUCACGGCAAAAUGGAAAUUGUGCAUGAUAUUGCCUUAUUUGCUAUAGAAAGCCAUUCUUCACCGCUUGUUACUCUUACGCCCGAAACCUACACAUCUGCUGUUAAUUCGGGUGAUGAAUGGCUCAUCGAUUAUUACGCUCCAUGGUGUCCACCUUGUUUACGUUUGCUGAAAGAGUUAAGAAGAUUGCACAACUAUGUGGAAAGUAUAAAAAUUGGAACUAUUGACUGUGAUCAAUAUGGUGACAUUUGCAGGAAAGCGAAUACUAACGCUUACCCAAAUAUAGUAUGGCACAGCGGUGGUAGGUCUUCUGCGCGUGCAGGUUAUGUGGACGUCAACACAAUAGUGGAAUUUAUUGAAGACGCACGUGAUCCAAUAGUGGUCGAUUUGUCACCAUCGAAUUUUGAUCCACUGGUUUUGAACGGAAGAAAGGGCACUGUUUGGUUGGUUGAUUUUUAUGCACCGUGGUGUGGACCUUGUAAUCAGUUAGCACCUGAGUACAAGAAACUCGCUCGAAAUAUGCACAUGAAGAAAUUCGUUCAUUUCGGAAUGGUCGAUUGUGAUUAUCACCGGCAGUUGUGCAUAAAUCUAGGUGUUCAAAGUUAUCCAACCAUCCGAUUCUAUUCUUCUGGUUCUUACACCGUAGAUUAUCCUACAAACUGGUGGCGCGAUCACCGGUCCAUGGAAGUAUGGCUGAGAAAUUAUUUACCAUCGAGAGUUAUAAGCAUCGAGAACGAUUUCUUUGCCAAGGUGUUAGACGAUAAUGAACCGUGGCUGGUUGACUUUUUUGUCACUUGGUGCUCACAUUGCAUUGAAUUUGCACCGGUUUUUGAGCGUAUUGCCGAGGUUUUGGAGGGUCGUGUAAAGCUUGCAAAAGUCGACUGUGGACUAUGGCCAAACGUCUGUCGAAAUGUUGGUGUGACCGCUUACCCAACUGUUCGAUUUUAUGGUGGCUCACGAGGCAGCCAUAUUCAAAUAGCUACUGGGGUUCGUAUUGAAUCGCAACAUGCGGAUACUAUUGUGCGUCAGGUUGAAAAAGAACUGAUUAAGAUAGAUCGGCUUUUUAAGAUUGAACUAUAACAGAUCAUUUCUCAUAGAUCGAAUACCUGUUUCACUUCUUUGUCCUAAAUUUUAGCCGGUCAAUAAAGGAUGGAGAAAUUUCUAUUUAAUUAAUAUCUUAUUUCCAGUUAUGGGACUGCCA